UGACUGCUGUGUCUGUGGAUCUGCACUCCAGCACACGUUUCAGGGUUUGGAUCUGGUGUUUAGAGAUGUUUGGCAACAACCAAGGAAACCAGUAUCCCUCAGGCUGUAAUCCUCAGCAGACGCCAGGAGGAUACUUUCCUCAAUAUCCAUCAGGCACUGUCCCACUCCAACCCUACCCUCCUCAGCCUUGUGGUCCACCUGUGUACUAUCCUGCAGCUCCACCUUGUGGAGGGUAUGGACCUGGCUGUGAUCCCGGGCAUGGACAUGGACAUGGACAUGCUCAUGGUCCUGGGCACGGACAUGGACAUGGUCAUGGUCAUGGUCAUGGUCAUGAUCAUGGUCAUGGUCAUGAUCAUGGGCAUGGUCAUGGUCAUGGUCAUGAUCAUGGGCAUGGGCAUGGUCAUGAUCAUGGGCAUGGGCAUGGGCACGGACGCGGUCACUGUCACGGUCGUGGUCGCGGUCGUGGUCGUGGUCAUGGUCAUGGUCAUGGGCACGGACAUCACGGACACGGGCAUGGGCAUGGUCACGGCCAUAGACACAGGCAUGGUCACAUGCAUGGCCAUUGCCACAAGAGAGGAAGGGAGUGUCACGGGGUAAGAUCCAGUUCAUUUAUAGAGCAAUGUCAAAUGCAAAUCAUGGAGUCUCUAUUGUACCUCCCAUACUGUAUCACAGUCAAAUGUCAACAAGUAGCCGAUAACAUUUGUGCACGGGUGCCUCUGUGGACCUGCUCUCCAACGCACGGUAAGUUCACCUCUAAAACUCUCCUGAGGAUCUGCACCUCUAUAAGGAUCUGUAGUUUCAUCAGAGGUUUCAAAAUGUACGGACACAACCAAGGAAACCAGUACCCUCCUGGUUACCCAAACCAUCCUCAGCAGAUGCCAGGGGGAUACCCUCAACAUCCUCCAGGCACUGCACCACCCCAUUGUCCUCCUCAGCCCUACGGUCCACCUGGAGGUCAACAUGGACAUGGACCUGGACCUGGUUAUGGACCUGGACCUGGUUAUGGACCUGGACCUGGUUGUGGUCCUGGCCAUGGACAUGGACAUGAACAUGGGCAUGGACAUGGGCAUGGACAUGGACACGGACAUGGACAGGGCCAUGGACAUGGGCAUAAGCACAAGCAUAAGCAUGGUCACAAGCAUGCCAAGUGUCACAAGAAAGGAAAAGACUGUCAUGGGGCCUCCAGCAGCUCCUGCAGCAGCGACUCUGACUAAAUCAAGAUGCCUGGACAGGAAGAGUAACAACACAAGUUGGCAUCCUCCCACCAUAUUUUCUGAUCAAAAUGUUCUUGCUCAAAUAUUUCUCCAGGUAUAAUUAAAAAAAAAAAAAAAAAAAAGAAUACCUGCAUUUUUCACAAAAAUGUACCUCAAAAUGUAAUCACGGUUUCUGACUCUCUCCUGACAGCUAAUCCAACAUCCAAUGAUACUGGAUAUUUAAAAAUUAUUUUAGCUCAGCCAUGUCAUGAUUUGUUGACAUGGUAUGAUGUAGUAGAAGAGACACAUUAUAGGCAUUAUUGUAUUCGUGAUUGUGUUUGUGAGGAAAAACAAUAAAAAAAAUACUUUCUGUGCAUGUGAAAUGCAAGUAAAGUAACAAUGCAA